AUGGCCACGGCCCUGUUUCAAGUUUGGCACUUUAUCCUUGGUUUCUCACUCGAAGCGACUGCGGUUGUCCUAAUCUCGAAAAAUGUUAAGGAUAUCUCCUUUCAACCCACUCUCCUCACGGUUUUGGGUACUGUUUUGGGUUUCGUUAUCUCAUACCGUACAUCCUCCUCAUUCGAACGUUACAAUGAGGGCCGUCGUUAUUGGUCGACCAUUAUUCUCAACGCCCGUACUAUGGCUAGGACCGUUUGGUUCCACGUCCCGGAUGUUGCGACGACCGUCGGUGCAACCGAAGAAGAGAAGCGAGCACGAACUCUUGUUGAGAAGAAGACAAUCCUCAACUUGACCGAAGCCUUUGCCGUCGCUGUGAAGCACUAUCUCAGAGGAGAAGAGGGCAUUCGCUACGAGGAUUUGUACCACCUCACCAAGUUCCUUCCGGCCUACGCACUCCCAGCUGGCAUGCCCGAACCUAUCAGAAGAGCCGGAACCCAUCAGCAUCACAGCGAGGAAGGGACUUCGACAGCAACUGCAACGAACCUUCCAUUCCCAGCGACCAGCCCAGGUGGCCGCAAUGCCAAAUUCAGCGUUGGUCCGGAUGGUGGCCCCCCGCUUCUUCCUUCGAGGAACCCUCCCAGGACAUCCAUUUUCGAUAUCUGGCCAUUCACACUUCUCGUCAGGCCCCUGACCAAGCGAGGCAAGAAACUCGGUGGAAAGACUGCGAUGCGUGCCCGUGCAAAGCUCGGUCUAGGGAGGGGUGAAGACCACCAGGUAGUUUCUGGAAACAUUCCGCUUGAGAUUUCUCUCUACAUUUCGGCAUACAUCUCUGCACUCCAGCAACGAAAGUGCUGUGAUGUCCCCACAAUCAACUUGCUGAUCAACUCGCUAAACGCUAUGGUCGAUUCCUUGACUGGACUCGAGCGUAUCUUGACAACCCCCAUCCCGUUCUCCUUCAGCGUCCAUCUAUGGUCUGUCACGCUUCUCUACUGCGCGUUUUUGCCAUUCCAGCUGUACAAGUCGUUGAACUGGUUGACCAUUCCAGGCACUGCUCUCGCCGCGUUCAUCUUCACUGGAUUCAUUGUCGCCGGAGAGGAAAUUGAAGAUCCCUUCGGAUUCGAUCGCAACGAUCUCAACUUGGACCACUUUACUGCGAAUAUCAUCCGCGUGGAGCUCAACUCCAUUGCAUCAGUUCCUGUCCCUGAUCCUGCGGUGUAUGCGUUCCGCGACGAUAAUGACGCGCUCUUCUCCAACGAUGCAAACCGUCAAGCCAUGACACCAGAGCUUUGGGUCGCCCAGGGUGUUCAGAACAUUCGUGCUCAGCUCGGCCGCAUGACGAGCCACCCAACACCGCCAGACGAAAAGGUCAAGAAUAUCACCAAGAAGAAGAACGCUGCGGAAAACACCCCUGCCAAUGAAGCUCCAGCCUGGCCAAGCUACUGCUGCUGGAAUGGCUGGCGCGGCUGGUGCGGCCGGAGGAGCUGCUGGAGAUGGAGCUGCGAGCCCCUCAGAGUAAUAGGACCCGAAAAUGACGUGCCCAAGAUCUUGCUGGGACACUUCUAUGGUGCUCUUUAG